AUGUCGCGCGCUUUUGGAAGGUGGGGCAGACAAAUUGGCCCGUCGCGUGUCGACAAGAUGGAAGCCUCACAGCACCCUGCGAGCUCUUCGCAGCAGAACAGUGCGUAUCAUCGGUAUGUCGAUACCAUCGAAUCUUCCGAGCGCGAGACCAUCAAAAUCCGCAUUAUGACCUGGAAUAUGCAUGGAAACGUCCCGAUGGGUGAUCUUGAGGUGUUGUUUGGUCGUGUCGAUCCGUGCAUGGCGCCAGCGCAGGCUCCCCAAAAUCCUCACCGCAUUCCACAACUUCCCAUGUCUGACACGCACCCAUACCAUAUUGUCGUGGUGUCAUGCCAAGAAUGUCCGUGGGGCGAGGGCGGUCAGCUCAUGCACAAAAUUCAUACGGCGGGCGAAAUUGGCCAUGCUUACCGCUAUACUCGUGCGAGGCGCGAUAUGACACCUGCAGACAUACAAGCCGCGAUGUCUGAUCACUCAUGGAAGGAUACAUCCGCGCCAAAUUCGCGCGCCGAUGUGUCCACAGACUCGCGGCCGUCGCUGUCCUUGACGAUCCCAAGUGCUGAUGACAGUAUCCUUUCGAAUGCUGCUGAACAUGAGAUCAUUACCAAUCAUGAAGGAUGUGAAAUGAUUGUCACCUCGCGCGCAUGGUCUAAGGUAUGCCACGAUUGGUUGUGUCGUGGCUUACGACGCACAUGCGCCGAAUUAUUAGCAGGCUCUGAUCCCGACUCUGGCGUUAGCGCACAUUCUAGUCCCUCGACUUCCUCUAGUGCCAGGAUACCUAGUAUAUCGUCUGUGUCCUCGCUUUCGCCGCAGUGCAUGCGUCAUCCACCUGAGCAGCUGGGUGUGUACAACCUGUUGAUCAAAGAGCGACUAAUGGGAUGCUACACAGCCGUCUACGUAUGGCGUGGGUGUGCGGACUUCGUGCGUGGUGCCAGUGCCCAUGCGGUCUCAAGCGGCUUGCUGGCUGGGCGUAUGGGAAAUAAGGGCGGUGUGGGCAUUAGUGUCAUGCUGGGUACGACACGCCUACUGUUCAUCAAUGCGCAUUUAGCAGCGCAUGCCAAUCGGAUCGAUGCACGGAUUGCUAAUAUUGAGAAAAUCAAGGCGGAGCUGAAUGUUAAUACGUUUCUCCCGCCUGAUCAUCCGCAGUUGGACAAGCGCGACAUUACGAAAAACUUUGAUCACUGUUUCUGGUGUGGUGACCUUAAUUUCCGCGUCGACAUUUCUCGCAAGCAUGCUGAUUCGCUAUUGCAGCAGCAGUCGUAUGAUGACGCUUUAGAGUUCGACCAGCUUCGUAAAGUGUUGCGAGACGGUCAUGCCUUCGAUGGCUUCCGUGAGGCUCCUAUUGACUUUCCGCCGACGUACAAGUACGACUUGCAAAGGGCAGAGAGGCAGCGUCUGCGCCACCACCCUAGUAUGCUUCUUCGAAAAGGUGCUGCGUCUGUCCAGGCGAGCGAACUUCCAAAGAAGGCAAGCUCUUCCUCCCUUUCGUCGGCUGUCGAAAAGCGCCGCCCGAUGUGGCGUCGCUUUUUACACAGAUUCCGUCAUUCAGAACAAGCCAUCGAGGAAGAGGCCAUGCAGUGCCAAGACAACAAUCUUGCGACACUGACACGUAAAAGCUCAUCCUCUACGCUUUCAGGCGUGUCGACCAGCUCAUCAGCCAUGGAGCAGCAGGAAGAUGACCGGCAGUCAAGGGGCGUUGCUAGUUCUGUCGCGGCGCACAACUCGCUGUCAAGUAAGCUGCAAGCAGCGGUACACCUGCAUCGAUCCGACUCGACUUCUUCGAGCGUGGCGUACGACUCGAGUACGAAGCAGCGCGUGCCCUCUUGGUGUGACCGAGUUCUAUGGCGCAGUAAUGACUUUUCGCACACAGACAUUGCCUCCAUGUCGACUGAUACGUCGCAUAAGAAGAUAACUCGGUUUUUACCGUGGAAACACAUGCACAAGUCGUCGAAGGAUUCAGACGCAGAAGCGUCAGCGACGCACACCUUCCUGCUUCAGGCACCUCUCGACUGGAUUCACUCCAUGGUUGAAUCGAAAAAUGCAUCGCUUCUGGAGCCCUUUCUCGAUGAAGAUAUGCUCGUUCCGUCUAAGGGACAAGUCAAGGUCAUUGACUACAGUACGAUCGAUGACGAAGGCGUCCAAGCCUUGGGCGCCCGCUCGGACCACCGCCCUGUGCUAUUUAGUGCGGCCAUAGGCAUCUAA